AUGAACGCCCUUCGGUCCAGUUCCGCCGUCGCCGCUCGCCGACUGGCUUCCCCUCCCGCUGCCGCUGCCCCUCUCUGCUCUUCCCGCUUCCUCUCUUCUUCCUCUCUCUCUUCAUCUUCUUCUUCACCCUCUUUCACUGCUCAGGCUCAGAGAUCCCUCUCCUCCAUCUCUCUCUCCCGUGUUGCUGCUUCUUCCCGCUGGUCCGGAGCUUCCCGAGUGACCCUCACCCAAACCCGCACCAUGGCGUCCGAGAACAAGAUUAAGGUCAAGAACCCGGUGGUGGAACUGGAUGGUGACGAGAUGACCCGGAUUAUCUGGCAGGACAUUAGGGAAAAGUUGAUUCUGCCGUACCUGGAUGUCGAUCUUAAGUACUACGACCUGGGUCUGGAAUACCGUGAUCAGACCGAUGACAAGGUCACCGUCGAUGCCGCCGAGGCCAUUAAGAAGUACGGCGUCGGUGUCAAGUGCGCCACCAUCACGCCCGAUGAGGCCCGUGUGGAGGAGUUCAAGCUGAAGAAGAUGUGGCUCUCGCCCAAUGGCACCAUCCGUAACAUCCUCGGCGGUACCGUCUUCCGCGAGCCCAUCCUCAUCCCCCGUGUCCCCCGCCUAGUCCCCGGCUGGACCAAGCCCAUUGUCAUUGGCCGUCACGCCUUUGGCGAUCAGUACCGAGCCCAGGACCGGGUGAUCCCCGGCCCCGGUAAGCUCGAGCUGGUCUACACCCCGGCGGGCGGCGAGCCCGAGAAGAUCCAGGUGUACGACUUCCAGGGCGGCGGUGUCACUCAGUGCCAGUACAACACCGACGAGUCCAUCGCGGGCUUCGCCCAUGCCAGCUUCCAGAUGGCCCUGAUGAAGGGUCUGCCUCUGUACAUGAGCACCAAGAACACCAUCCUGAAGAAGUACGAUGGUCGCUUUAAGGACAUCUUCCAGGAGAUCUACGAGAAGGACUACGCCAAGGACUUUGAGGCCAAGAAGAUCUGGUAUGAGCACCGUCUGAUCGACGACAUGGUCGCCCAGAUGAUCAAGAGCGAGGGUGGCUUCGUCAUGGCCCUGAAGAACUACGACGGUGACGUCCAGUCCGACAUCGUCGCCCAGGGCUUUGGCUCCCUCGGCCUGAUGACCUCGACGCUGGUCACCCCGAGCGGCGAGGCAUUCGAGUCCGAGGCCGCCCACGGCACCGUGACCCGCCACUACCGUGAGCACCAGAAGGGCCGCGAGACCUCCACCAACCCCAUCGCCUCGAUCUUCGCCUGGACCCGCGGCCUGGUCCAGCGCGGCAAGCUCGACAACACCCCCGACGUGGUCGCCUUCGCCGAGGAGCUCGAGCGCGCUUGUGUUGACGUCGUCAACGAGGAGAGCAUCAUGACCAAGGACCUGGCUCUGGCCUGUGGCCGCAAGGACCGCGAGGCCUGGGUCACCACCAAGGAGUACAUGGCCGCCGUUGAGCGGAGGCUGAAGUCCAACCUCAAGGCCCGCCUGUAG